UUUUGGUCCGCGUCACGUGUUACAGCUAUGAUUAAUCACACGUAAAUUAAGCGUCACAAGAGUAGAUCAUUUAUGUGAUGUGUCGCAUCGCAAAUUAAAAAGUACAGUUAUUCGGAACAGCUGCUUUCUAUAAUGAAGAAAAAUUAAUAAAACUGUUUGCUUGAUUAUGGAAAGAGUUUUUCUUGCAUUUCACUUUUCAAUCCUUUCUUUGUGCAAUGGUCAGCCUUGUCAGAAAAUUAAACACGUCGAGUAGCGUGAGGAGCUGUGUUUUUUGAUGCGCCUAACAAUAUGGACGACGAGGAAUACCUUCAACCUGUGUUGACUUCUCAGGAAGAAGAACAAUUUCAAAAAUUAGAUACUGUGCCAAUCGUAUCUAUUCCCCUGAUAUUUGGUGUAUCUUUAGAAAUCAUAGGAAUUGUGUUUGCAUCGGUAUGGCCCGAAGAGAAAAAUAAAUGUGACACAUAUUUUAUAUAUCUGUACCUCCAUUGUUUUUAUUGGUUGGUGGUUAUGAUAACCGAUCAUCUUGUGAAGGCAAAACAUCAUAUGUUACGUAUUCAUGGAUAUCUUGACUUUUAUCAGUCAACAUAUCAGCACAUUCGAAUACCACUUUUUAUAGCAUCAUUGUGGAAUGUGUGUUAUUUAUUGUUAGCUGUGAUCUUGCACCACACGCAUAAAGUUGAUUAUGAAGCAUAUUGCAGAUCAUCUGAGUGGUUAACACCAUUGAAUUAUUUAAUACUGUUAACUUCAAUGGAACUCACAAUUAUUGUGCCAGCUUAUGUACAUUAUAUCAAAAAGGUUUUGAGAUUCAAUCGAUUGCGUCCACCACCCGAUGUUACUCGGGAAGAGUGGUUGUCUUCUUUCACUCAGGACACAUACGCGGGUAGCGGUGAAGUUGGUUAUCGUCCUAGAGAGUCGAACCUGGAAGAACUGAUUGAAAAACAAGCAGACUUGAUAAGAUAUUUGAGAGAUUAUAAUGUUCAGUUGAGUCAUAGAAUGAUUACAAUGGCAAUGCAGAACAGAUUGCCAGAAUCAUGAAUUUGUCAUGGUAUACACAAAUUACCUAAUGGUACAUGAUUGCAACCUUGAUCUAAUAUUUGACAAAUAUAAAGAUUUUAGACAAGGGAUAUAGAAAUUUUCAUAAAUACGAAUCCUAUAGUAAAAUGUACUUUCGAUUUAUAUCUUUGAUAUUUGUUUUUAUCCUAUUGGCAUUAUCAUGUAUAUUUUCUUUUUUUAUCUACAUACAUCCAGUUUGUACGUUACCAUAUACGUGCUAUCGUAAUAUCUAGUUUACUCCUAUUUGUACACAAACCUUGUACCCAUCUUGAAUUGCUAAUACUAAACACUCUUUCCGACAUAAAUUAUUGCAUAGAAAUUUUUAUAACAAUAUUAAAAUGUAAUUAAAGACAGCUUUAAAAAUAUGUUAAUUUAGUUAGUGAAAAUUUAUUACUUACUCAAGAUAGGAUGUUUCCGAUUUAAACGAGCCUCCUUUUGAGUGAUGUUACAAAGAAUCAAAAAUAAGUUCUGUGAUGAAGUGUGUAAUAAUAAUUUAAAUAAAGUGUAUAUUUUUUUGAAUGUGCAAUACUUA